UUUUUUAAAUUGACGUUUUUAUUUCAUCUUCAUUUGGGAAGGAUAUUUCCCUGGAUAUGAAGUUGUGGAUUGACAGUUUUUUCUUUCAGUCCUUUAAAGAUAUGUUUCCAAGGACUUCUGCCUCCAUUGUUUCUGAUGGAUUUGAAGACUAUGGUCCAGACUGUGACAGCAUGAGGGUGACAGCCUUCUUGGACAUCCCAGGCCAGGAUCACCUGCCUCCCCUCACUCGCCUGGAGAAGUACGCGUUCAGCGAUAACGUCUUCAACCGCCAGAUUAUUGCUAGAGGGCUACUGGAUAUCUUCCGGGACUUCAGUAAUGAUGAAGAAGACUUCUUAACGGUCAUGGCGAUCGUGGUCAGAUUAUCAGAAGAUGCAGAGCCCACAGUGCGGACUGAGCUGAUGGAACAGAUUCCUCCUGUUGCCAUUUUUUUACAAGAAAACAGAUCAAAUUUUCCAGUGGUGUUCUCCGAAUAUCUUAUACCUAUUGUAGUGCGGUACCUCACAGAUCCAAACAAUCAGGUUAGAAAAUCAAGUCAGGAAGUGCUCUUGAUUCUUCUGGAGCAAGAUCUGAUUUUCCAGCCUGAUAUUGAGAACAAAGUGUGUCCAAUCCUGCUGGCACUCUCUGCCCCGGAUAGUGAUGAUGAAUAUAAAGCAGAAGCCGUGAACAUCAUCUGCAAACUGGCUUCAGUGCUGAGCAAGAGCACAGUUGAACGCCUGCUGCUCCCUCGAUUCUGUGAAUUGUGUGGUGAUGGGAAGCUUUUUCAAGUUCGGAAGGUGUGUGCUACAAAUUUCGGUGAUAUUUGUCACGCCGUUGGAAAAGAAGCCACUGAGAAAUUUUUGAUCCCAAAGUUCUUUGAGCUCUGCUCAGAUAAUGUUUGGGGGAUGCGAAAGGCCUGUGCGGAGUGCUUCAUGGCAGUGUCCUACAACACAUCCCCUGAGGUCCGCAGAACCCAGCUGUCCCCUCUCUUCAUCCGCCUGGUCAGCGACUCCUGCCGAUGGGUGCGCCAGGCUGCCUUCCAGUCCCUGGGCCCCUUCAUUUCCACCUUUGCAACCCCCUCCAGGGCUGGCCUCUAUAUCCGAGAGGACGGCACCCUGAGCAUCGGGCCGCCAGCUCAGGGUGCGGGGUCCAGCUUCACAUACGGGUCAGCCGACGCAAGCAGCCAUGUCGCCGCUGCAUCAGCCUGCUCAACACAGCCAGGGCAGAAAGACCCACAUCCAUCCUUGGGAAGCCCAUCAAGGGAAACCGGCAGUGUCCUGCAUGUCAAGAGCUCCUGUGAUGGCCCAAUGGAAAACCCAAUGGAAGACUCUGGCUUGGCUGAAGGCAAGGAGACCAGUGCCUUCUCGAAGCUCCUUGAUAUUAACAGCCUCCCCAUCAGCAGCCACCCUGGACCCGGCUCCCGGGCCUCCCCAGGGAGUCCUGAGGAUGCAUUCAGUACUUUCCUUUAUUGGCGGACUCCUCUCCCUGACAUAAGCCAGGACUUGGAGCUGCUUCUGAGUGCAGCUGGGCUGCCGGAAGAAGGCUGCUGCACACCCGAGACUCUGCACAGCAGCUGUGUGGCCAGGAGCGAGAUUCAGAAAGUCCUCGACAGUUUGCAGGAACACAUGAUGAAUGACCCGGAUGUUCAAGCUCAAGUUCAGGUGUUAUCAGCUGCACUGAGAGCCGCACAGCUGGACUCUGUGAGUGAAGCCUCGCGCCAGCUGGCAGACGGUCUAAGCGAAGUGUCCCUUUCAGACCCCAGCCCUGCCUCUGACAGUCAGCCGGCUCCGUCGGCCUUGUCCCCACAGAGCGAGCCCUCUGUGGCCAGGAUAUCACAAAGCACAAAUCCAGGUGAACUCCACAAUGGAACUUGUGACCGUCUGGGGACCGAGCAGAGGCAUGACCCUGUCCCUCUUGAGGAGAAUAAAUCUAAGUUACAGGAUAUAAUACCUCAGCCCCUACUGGAUGAGUACGUGUCCAUGACUGACCCGGCUCGGGCCCAGACUGUCGACACUGACAUAGCCAAACACUGUGCCUACAGCCUCCCAGGGGUGGCGCUCACGCUGGGCAGGCAGAACUGGCACUGCCUGAAGGAUACCUAUGCAACACUGGCUUCUGACGUGCAGUGGAAGGUACGUCGGACCCUGGCCUUCUCCAUCCAUGAGCUGGCUGUGAUUCUCGGGGACCAGUUAACGGCUGCUGACCUGGUGCCUAUCUUCAAUGGAUUUUUAAAAGACCUGGACGAAGUACGAAUAGGAGUUCUUAAGCACCUGUAUGACUUCCUGAAGUUGCUUCAUGAAGACAAGAGGAGAGAAUAUCUUUAUCAGCUUCAAGAAUUUGUAGUGACCGAUAACAGCAGGAAUUGGAGGUUUCGAUAUGAACUAGCAGAGCAGCUGAUACUGAUUUUGGAACUCUAUAAUCCCAGUGAUGUUUAUGAUUAUUUAAUGCAUAUUGCCUUAAAGUUGUGUGCAGAUAAAGUUUCCGAAGUGCGGUGGAUCUCCUUCAAACUAGUUGUGGCAAUUCUGCAGAAGUUCUAUUCAAACAGUGAAAGUGCUUUGGGGGUAAAUUUCAUCAAUGAACUCAUCCUAAGGUUCCGGCACUGUUCAAAAUGGGUUGGAAGGCAAGCUUUCGCUUUCAUUUGCCAGGCAGUGGUGAGCGAGGAAUGUAUCCCUGUGGACCAGUUUGUCGAACACUUACUCCCCAGCCUUCUAAGCCUUGCUUCGGAUCCUGUGCCCAAUGUCAGGGUGCUGCUGGCCAAAGCCCUGAGGCAGACAUUGUUGGACAAGGCAUACUUUAGAAAUGCUGGUCACCCUCAUCUUGAAGUAGUUGAAGAGACAGUCUUAGCUUUGCAAUCAGAUCGGGACCAAGAUGUCUCCUUUUUUGCCACCCUGGAACCAAAGCAGCGGAAUCUUCUAGACACUACCAUGCUGGAGAAACAGAAUUGAGUACUCUGUGAUCAGUCACUCACAAUCUGCUCCUUUCAUACUUGGUGCAUAUCUCUUACUGUAAUCGGACCUGCUGAGGGAGGAAAGGUUCUGAAACCCUGACACACCACGCAGUCGAAUGAUCCCUUUCCCACCUGUAGUCACGGGACUGCACCUGGGAUGGGCACAGGUUCCAGGUGGCCUGGCCUGUGCCAUGCUUCUGCGCCCCACCUGCCUGAUCUGGAGUCUGAAAGGUCAUGUAACCAGGUGGAUAACUGGGUGUGGGGGCCUCCGAAGCCUCAGUUACCCACGAGCAGUUUGUUUUCUCUGUUACAGACUAUAUUAUUUAAAGCCCCCUCUCCAAUAAAGUAGUUUAUUAGAAGUUUUUCAGUCUUUAAUAGACUUGCACAUUUGGCUCCCUUAUGCUUUCCUAUAAAAUAUAGUUUAUGGUAUUAUAUUUUAUUUUUAACUGAAAUACUGUACAUAUGUAAAUAAUUCUUGACAGGAAGAAAAGAUAUUAAUGUAAUAUUAGCCUCCUAUCAGUGAACAAAACAAACACAUCAUUUAAAUUUAUGCUCCACUUUGAGUUGCUGCAAAUAUAGCCCAAUUUGUUUACUUUUGGAAAGAUGUGAUAGUUAAAUCUGCUAAAGAAUGAUUUAUGCAAUCUUUCUAAUAUAUGUUCCUUAUAAACUCUGUUUGGGACUUUUCCCCGUCUCCCCUUCCCCCUUCUCACAGGACUGUAGCCAUAAAGAUAUGUAUUAGCCUUUGAUAGAGGCACGAAGCAGAAAGACUUCAUUCUUAUAUGGAUGUAUUAUCAUAUGCUUAAGAACUCGGGAGGGAAAUUGCUCAUUGAGAUGGACAUUGUCUUUAUACCUAGUGCUUUCGAAUCUUAACAACAACAAAAAAUAGGAAACACAAAUUCUGAUCAGUCCAUAUACUUGCCCACAAAUACCAGUGGUUUGAGGUAUUAAAUUAUGAUACUCUUCAAAUUGACCUAAGUAUCAGAACUUAGGUUUCAUGCUUUUACAAUUUGGACUAAGAAAGAUGCUCUAGAACUUAAAGAGAUUUUUAUUAGUAAUUGAAGGUUCUAUAAACAUUUGAUUAAAUUCUGCAUAUACAUAUGCUCAUGUUACUUUUGUUUCUGUGUGUAAUUCUCAAAGGUGGGGGGAAGGGAAGGAAGGGCUGCCCAGUGAGGUCUGAGGGCAGCUGUCAAGGGCAUGUCAGCUGUGCCCAUUCUUUCCUUGGGGUUUUUUCUUGCCUGUCUUUUCUUCCUUUUUGUUUUAAAUAAAAUUUCAGGAGCUGCAUAUUGAAUUUCUGGGUGUCCAGGAUGCUCUCUCCCAAUUCCGUGGAGCUGCUGCUUUAAACAGAAGGGGAGGCAUCCCUAGCGCCAAAGAAAACAAGGUGCAUGUGUGGGAAUCUCAAAGUAUAACCAGGGUCGCAUCUUGACAACUUCAGCAAAGAGUGGGUUAAUAAAUUGGAGGCUACAUACUAAGAAAUCAACAACCCUCAAUUCAUUUUGUGUUCAAUUCUUGCCUACAGUAAGUAGAUGGAGGUAGUGUUUUGCUUCAGUAACAAACGAUUUUUUUUUAUUGCCUAGAAAUUGGGAUUGUCAUGUUGUUCAAAUCUGUUGAUAUAGAAGCAAUAGAAUUAUUCAACUGGAAUCUUGUAUUCUGUGCAGAGCUUAAUUUUCCAUUAAGGAAAAAAGAUUAGCUUCUGUUUGUGUUGUGAUGUGUGGAAUUUGUAUGCUGAAUCAAACGUGCUAGCAGACAUUCUAGACUCUGUAAAUAACCCAUGUCAGUUUAUAGCUUAAAAGUUUUCUAUGAUAUGAAUGCCUUUCCAAUGCAAAGAUUUUUUAUGACUGUAAUUUCUCUGCAAAAAGUGUGUUUAAAGCUCACAUUGUAUUCUUUUUUCCUUUUUUUUUUUUUUGUAACCACUGAGCUUUCAUUAUGAUUGUUCUGGUUCCUGGUGGGUUCUUGCCUCUUGUUCCCCCAUCACUUUAGCUCUUUGUGUAUUAACUGUUCAUGGGUCCAGGGGUUGAGUGUUUGGGAUUUGACCAUCACACAUGAACUUCCUAUUUACUUGAAUGCUGGGCCUUCUCUCUGGUGAAUUAAUGGAAAAGCACAAGAUGGUUUCACAAGAUUGAGCUCCCUUGAAAGCUCUUUUAACAAUAGAGCCUUUGCCACAUGGACAUUG